GAUAGGUUUGGCAGCGCCGUGAAACUGUUACUACAACAACACCAAAAUGAGUGGCAUAAAGACUUAUUUUAGACAAGAGGUGAAGACUAGUAUGCUCACUUUGGAGCAUCAUAAGCCGACUGACUUCUAUCUGAGUUGUUGGCAGACGACGCGGUCGGCCGUGCCGCUUCUAAUUUGGCGGGCACUGCUGUUCCUCACAUCGAUAGGAAUAGUGCUAUCGUCAAUAAUAAUAUACAUUUUGAAUGGUAAAGUGGCGUACUGGUUCAUUUACCUGACGCAUUGGGGCCUGACGAGCAUCCUCCUUGUGACUGGAUUCGCUACUUUGGUGUCAGCACGCUGUUACCUCUACGGACCAAUAAGCACCGAGUUCCAGUUGCCAUGGUACGUGAAGAUCUACUGGGCGCUGUUCAACAUCGCCGUGCCCAUUGCCUUCAUGAUUACCAUAUUCUACUGGACUGUACUUUACGAAGCUGGCAUCGAAGAAGAGCUGAACCACGGCUUAGACGUAGCUGUGCACGGGCUGAACUCGUUGGUGGUGCUGUGUCUGCUCAUCAGCAGUGCGCACCCUGGCCGUCUGCUGCACAUCUACCUUCCUCUCGUCUUUGGCACCGUGUAUAUGUUGUUCAGCGUCAUCUACCACUUCGCUGGUGGUACAGACCAGAAAGGUAACGCCUACAUCUACCCUGUGGUGAACUGGUCUGCGCCGGGCACAACAAUUCUGGUUGUUUUGGUCACCGGUCUACUUUUGGUUGCUUUGCAUCUGCUGACCCUGGGGUUAACGGUGGCUCGUGACUUGGUGGCUAAGCGAUGCGUGCAUCAUGCUGUCACUGUGCAUGUUGACGAGGGCAUGCCAUUACGACAGCCUGGGAGAAUAAACGCAUAAAGGAAGAAAUCAAGCCUGUACCGAUGGAGUAUUAGGACGACUACCCAUGUCGCUAUAAUCGCGAGAGUCGUUUCAAAAAUAUCCGUCUCUAUUUCUGAUUGAUAUUGUUAUAGUUUAUCUGGAAUUCCAUUAACGUCAUUUAUGUUUUUCUAAGUGGAAUUCUAUAUUUCCCCAGUGGCUAUGAAGCCCAUGUUUAAUGUAUGGGAUGGGAGUUAUAAUAAAAUGCAGCAAUAUUUAUGUUAAGGUAUUCACGCAAUGUGUUAGCGUUACAUGAUCAUUAAAGAAGCUAUGUAUUUAUUUAAUUUAUUUGUUCUGGUUUAUUGUGUAGUGAAAGAAUUAGAUAUCAAGUGAGUGCUGAUGUGUUUAGAUUGUUCUUUUUUGUACGAUCAAUAUCUUAUAGGACUUCUGUGAAGUAAUUUUAUGUGUGUGUGUUUAGUUUUAUGAAUCUUGCAACGAUGACCUUUCAGUAUAAAAAACUAAAGAGGACCUUUGAACCAUAAAACUAGUUUUUCCACGUGCAGACUAGACACGCAACUAUACAUUAUGUAAUUAUUGUUGCAAUCAGUGAGGGACGAAUGUGUGUUCGUCGACAUGACAUUUCUAUUGAUUCGAUGUACCUACGAGUGUAAUAACAUAAACUGCACUUAACUUUGUUAUUAUUUAUUGUAAACGAAUACAUAAAAAUACACACAUGU